CAAGGACGUAAACUGAUAUGAUCAUCACCAAUAGAGACCACAAAAUAAUUACAAUAAAAACAUCCGAUAGAGAUUAGAACAGAGGUGUUUAAACUCUAAUUUAAAAACAAGAAUUGGAAGUUCUCUUCUGUUUAGACACGGCUGCACCAGGAAAACAAAUGUACACAACUUUUUCAUCAUCGACUAAGGGGUCUGACGAAGACCAAAAGGUUUAUUGCCAGCCCUGUGACCUUGACGGUCCUAGACUCCCUGCCCAUGGUUACUGUGUUGACUGCAAGGAACAUCUAUGUGAGAACUGCUUUACAGUUCACAAGAAACAACGUCCGUCAAGGCAUCACACACUUCUAGAUAAAAACAGCAUGCCACAAACCAUUUCUUCAGUCUCUCUUCAUGGAAGCCAGCCUGACAACCUUACCAAACCUUGCCCUAAACACAUGAAAGAAAUGAUCAAGUUCUACUGUCAGAAUCAUGAAACACUACUCUGCAGUGUAUGUGUUACACUUGAACACACGGGUACAUCUUGUAAAGUCAACUACAUCCCCAAUAUUUCUGGCCAGGUCAUAAACAGCAAGGAGCAUCAAGAUAUCUUGAAAGCUAUGGAUACCAUAACUGAGAAAUGUCGCAAGAAAUCAGAAGAUGUGAAGAAAAUAACCGCUAAGUCAACCAGUUCUUUGACAGAUGUAUUGGCUGAUAUAAAGAAGUUUCGGAAAGAGAUAAACAAAAGACUAGAUGAACUGGAAAAGCAAGCUGAAAAUGCAGCAAAGACCAUUCAACAAGAAAAUAACAAGAACCUGAAGACAAUAGAAACAACUUGCAAUGAUGUAACCAAGUCUUUGAAGGCAUCAUCUGAUACCAUUAAGCAUCUCAACACAUCCAAACAAGCAGAUAAACUUUUCGUGGAGCUAAAAUUAGCUGAGAAAAUGAUCAAAGAUUAUGAGAAACGUGUCCACCACCUAGCAGCAUAUGAUGUCAAGGAGUAUAACUUUAUACAGAAUGAAGCAAUAUCAACCCUUCUUGACAAGGAGAGGUCACUGGGUACAUUCUCCGGACAAACUUCUCAUCAGGGUAAAAUCUGUGUAAAGACAUCAAAAGAUGAAGGAAGAUGCUGGAUAACAGGAAUGACUCUCCUUACUCCUGAUCUACUUAUCAUCACUGACUAUAACAACAAGGCUGUUAAAAUGGUGGAUACCCGCAGUCAAUCUGUUAUUGAUCAUAUGCAACAAGAUACUAAGCCAUGGGGAGUUACCUCAGUUAACAGUACAGAGCUUGCUGUCACCUUGCCUGACAAAAAAAUUAUCCAGUUUAUAUCAGUCUCCUCAAACAAACUUAAGAAAGAAAAAAACUCUAAAGGUUGAUGGAGUGUGUUAUGGUAUAAGUUGCUAUCAGGGGAAACUUGUUGUCUCAAUUCAAUAUCUUGCAAAACUCCAAAUUCUUGAUACUAAAGGUACUAUACUGACAACAGUCAGAGGAGGAAACAUUUUCAGCAAGCCGUUAUAUGUUACUACUAACACUAAUUCUAUCUAUGUAUCUGACAUGGAAAUGAAAACAAUUACAAGGUUAAACUGGCAGGGUGAGGUGGCUGGUAGUUAUGGUGGUAUGACCGGGCCUUCUGGUAUAACACUGUCAGAUGAAGGAACUAUUUUUAUGUGUGACAGACAGAGGCAUGUUAUAGAAGAGGUUGCAGAAGACUGUUCAACAGGAAAAGUUAGGUUUGAGGACCUCCAUGGACCCUAUAGUGUCAGUUGGUGUGCUGAAACAAGCAAACUGUACUUCAGCUGUUACACUGAUCAAGACAAACAAGACAAUUUUCUUCAGGUCUUCAAGCUGCCAUAACUAAAACAAAACUCAUCAACAGUUUAACCAGUGUAUAAUGUGAAAUCAUUUAUAAUCAUCCGUUAUCAUUUGCUAAUUAUGUGAUCGCAUCAAUCUAUGAACUUUAAUCCCAAUAAACAGGACUAUUUGUAUUUAUUCCUCAAGAUAAACAUCACAAGUUUUAAAACAGAUUGUAAUUGUUAUCAAUUACUGAAAACAGGCAGAACACGCGUAAUAUGAUACUAUGGCUGGCACAAAUAAUUAGGAUAGUUUUAGAAGAUUUUCGAUUCAUUUAAUGAAUAUUCUUAUAUUAAAAUGGUAUUCAUUUCAUAAAAUAAUUGGACAAUAUGAUUUUUUUCCUUUACAGGAGACAUAAUGAGCCGCACCAUGAGAAAACCAACAUAGUGGGUUUGCGACCAGCAUGGAUCCAGACCAGCCUCCACAUCCACGCAGUCUGGUCAGGAUCCAUUCUGUUCGCUUUCAAAGUCUAUUGUAAUUAGGGAAACUGUUAGUGAACAGCAUGGAUCCUGACCAGACUGCGCAGACAAGCAGGCUGGUCUGGAUCCAUGCUGGUCGCAAAGCCAAUAUGUUGUUUUUUUCAUGACGCGGCUCAAUUACCGAUCAUCAGGAAUCAGCAUCUUAAGAUAAACUUUGAACAGUGUAUCAAUACUUGCCAUAAUUAUUUGGGAUGGCAACGGGUACCGAUUCUAGUACUUGAGUUCUUGCUGAUAGUUUCAACUGAGUCUCGUUUACUCAUUUAAAGUGGUUUCCAUAACCAGUAAUGCCAUAUGCAGUAUUUGUUCACUAUUAAUGGGAGAUAAUUCAAAAUCAUUUAAUAUAAUAUAGUUGUUUCACCAUAGCUCCUGUAAGCAGGGAUAUAAUGUUUCAAAAUCAUUUUUUGUUGGAUACAGUUGUAUAUAAUAACUUUGUGCUAACAAUAGGGAUGGGAACGAAUACUGAAAUCAAUAUUCGAAUAUUCGGUUUGCCAUAUUCGAAUAUAUUCGAAUAUUCGGUUUGUUUUAAUGGAAGCUUUAAAUUCUUAUUAAGUGAUUGGCAUAUACAUAACGUAUUCAUUUGUUUAAAGCGUGUACCAUCGUACGUAAUAAGGCCAAAACAUGUUUUUUCGGGUAACCCAAUCCUACCUAGCAAAUCCCGCCGAUCCUAGCGUUUUAUUUCACGAUUCUGUCAGUAUAAUCAUGAACAGAUUUAACUAAUUCAGUGUUUUAGCUUCAAAAUGAUACAAAAAAUCAAAACGAUUAUAAUUUAGACCGUCGCAAUUUUAUCUAAAAAUAGCAGGUCGUCCCAUUUAAACACGUGACGCGCUGUUGUAUUACCGCCGCCAUUUUGAAAAUUUUCAAUCGGCGAGUAAAAAUCGUCGUGUAAAAAGCAAGUAAAGCAGACUUAAACCUCCUUCAACAUGAACUUAUGAUUCAGUCAUAUGUUAUUUCUUGAUUUUAUUAUAAAGUACUUCAAAAUUUAAUUCGAAUACGGCCGAUGGCGGAUGAAAACCGAUUCUGCGGAUGGUCUGAAACGUCGUACAAAAUAUUGUGAAAAGAUCGACAAUAUCUACAAGUUUGGUAUUGUUUUCGAAAAAAAAGUUCUACAACUUGUUACAUAAAACAGGCGCCAAUAAAAAUGAACGAAAGAUAAAAAGAUAUCACAUUUACGCCUAAUACAAACUGUUAAUCCGUAGCGAUGACCCCAGGUAAUUAUAAUUGCAUUGCAAUUUUCUUGUUAAUUGGACAUCUUUUGACAUGCAUCUGGCACAUUGAUGCCUGUUGCAAACUGUUAAUCCGUAACGAUGCCCCCUGCCAAUUAUGCAUUGAUAUUUUCUUGUUAAUUGGACAUCUUUUGAUACGCGAUAAACAAACAUGACAUGGUUUUAUUCUGUAGAAUUAACAUGCUCAUGUUGCCCAAAAUCAAUGAUACUUAUUUUGAAAAAAAAAAUACAAUAAUUUACGAAUAUUCGAAUUUGAUUUUCAUAUUCGAAUAUUCGACCGAUUUUCGAAUAUUCGAAUAUUCGAAUAUUCGUUCCCAUCCCUAGCUAACAACAUAACACAACAAACAUUCUACAUAGCUAAAUGCUAUACUGUACCUGAAAGGGUGGAUGGACACUUAUCAAAUUUAAACAUAAGAUAAUUAAUUAAAUUAUCAAAACACUGGGUGGUGUGAUUUUCAAACUGUUUAAGAUUUAAGCAGUACUGCAAUAAGCCGCAUGAUUACAAUUUACAGUGAUCAUGAUUUGGCAAACACACAUUACAUGUCAUUAGUUAUUACUGACCAUUGUGCAUCAAUUCACACCUCCGUGUUUGAACAAUCUGUGUAACUGAUCGAAACAAUGACAGGUAAACACUUUGGUGUCCUUUAAUUUAAAUUGAUGUGUUUCUAGUCUUUUUUUUUAUAUUUUUCCUCCCGAGUACUUGAUUACUAAAUUACGUAUCCAAUACUCAGAACACCAAGCGAGUACUCAGUUAACCGUUGCUAUCCCUAAUAAUUAUCACAUCAUGCAAUCAUCCAUGUUCAUACUUCAUGUCUUUGUUAUUUAAUCAUGGUCUCUGCAUACAGGACUGGAGAACACCUUUAAUAGGUACAGAGCUCCUUAACUAGAGAAAACCUUAGCCAUGGAGCACCUUAGCUAUAUAGUACCAUAGCUAGAGAGUACCUUAGCUAGAGAGCAUCUUCGCUAGAGAACAUGAUAUCUAGAGAGCAUCUUAGGUAUAGAGUACCUUUAAGCUAGAAAACACCUUAGUUAGAGUGCAUCUUAGCUAAAAGCACAUUAGCUACAGAGCACUUUAACUUUAGGAUGAAGCUACAAUCAGAUCAUUGGUGCUCUUUUUGGCAAUUCAGGUUCCAAAAUAUGUAAUUCUGUAAUUUUAAAGAUUGUUUUUGGACUCAGGAACAAGAUAGUGAAAUAAAUUAAUUUCAGACAGACAAAUUCCUCUACUUAAUUGGGUAUCUGCAGAGAAAGAUUUUAUAAAUUAAUCAAUUAAGGAUGAUUUUCAGCCUUUGAAAUGAAUAAAUGAUAUUUAAA